AGAAAACUGGAGAAAAACAUCACAAAACCACAUUCAUGUCCAUAUCCACAAUAUCCAAAACAGUAGCUGAGAUGACCAGGCUUUGUAUGCACGGAGAGGAGUCAUUACUACCUGUCAAUACAUAUUUACUCGCCACACAGAUAAAUGGCAGCUGGAGGAGAUGGACCUCAGGACUGGAGAGAUGGUAAAACCCUGGUUCAAUGUAACCGCUACAUCCUGGAACAGGAAAUCGGCUGUGAUGUCCACUUUAUUGUCGGACCACCAGACAACCAACGACGAAUUGGGGCCCAUAAAUCACUAUUAAUGGCCAGAAGUGAUGUGUUCUUUGCCAUGUUUGAGGGAUCUAUGGCGGAACUAAAUAGCAUGAUAACAAUUCCUGAUAUUGACCCUAUUGUCUUCAAGUUGAUGUUACAGUUUAUUUACUGUGAUGAUGCCAAAGUGGACUUGAUGGACAGCUUUCCUAUGCUGUACGCAGCUCAAAAGUAUAACUUAAAAAGUCUUGCUCAAAAACGCAUCGAGCGAAUAAAAAGCAUGAUUUCAACUAACAGGGUAUGCUGGGUUUUAAUGCAUGCAUGUAUCUGGGUUCAAGAUGAGGUCAAAGAACUGUGCUUGGAGCAUAUCAUUCUUCACUCCUAUGCUGUGUUUGGUACAAGAGGAUUCUUGGAACUGACCGAGGCCAGCCUGAUAGAGAUUUUGAAACUCCACAGAAUCAAUAUGGAAGAAAAAGACAUAUUUGAAGCUGUUAUUAAGUGGGCAAAUCAAAAAUGUAGAACUGAUUCGAUAGAAGCUAGCGGUGAAAAUAUGCGCCGUAUCCUGGUCAAUAUUUUGCCAUAUAUUCGAUUUGCAAGAAUGGAACAAUCAUAUUUUUCAGACAAAGUCUCUCACAUGGAGAUAUUGACACAAGAUCAAAUUCUGGAAAAUUUCCGAUUCUUAACUUCAAAGAAGGCUGACCAUCCAGAUCAACCAAGAGAUAGAAGAAUCGUUUUUGAAAGAUUUUCUGGGGUGAAGAGUGGCAAAGGUUAUUUUCGUGGAAAUGCUGAUGCCAUCUCAUUCAUGCUAUCCAAUAAUGUCAGGUUGCAUGAAUUGCUGAUCUAUGGGAGCUGCCAGUUUCAAGCUUCAUAUAAAAUAGCAUUGAAGAUAUUAGAAGAUGGUGAACAUCAGUUGUGUCAAAAAAGCAUUGAACUUGAAACAGAUGGCUACACCAAGACUUACCCACUGGAGAUUGAUCCUCCAUUGAUGAUGAAAAGAGAAAUUUGUUACACUCUGUUGAUGGCGAUGGAAGGCCCAGUCAGUUACUAUGGUGAUAGAGGUGUCGUUCAAAAACAACAGGAGGGAAUGACCAUUACCUUCAUGCCAAAUGAAAAAGGACUGAAUGGCACAAACAUCAAACAAGGACAGUUCAGUGGCUUUGUAUUCAAGGAAGUGAAAUGAAGAAAAAAUCUUAGACAUAUUCACAACAAAGUGGGUAUAUUUUACCUACUGUGUGCAGAUUGUAUACUGUAAGAAGCAAUGGAAUUGUAGUUUUCAGGGCCAAAUCUUUCUAAAUUACAUUAGCUAAUCUACUACUUUACAGUUUAAACAGAUUAAUCUUUUACUUUCUGGCCAUUUUGUAACAUGAUUGUGCAAUCAUCAUUUUCCUGAACAACAUAUAUUUCACAAUUCUUAAGGCCCCUAGUGGGAUUCAGCUCUAAUUUACCUGAAUUGAUCCUGAGAUGGUCCUGGCCAAGUGUUGUAACUUUUUGGGUCUGAAAUCCUAGAUGGCCACCAUGGCAGCCUUUGCCACCUGUACCACUAUACUUGCUACUGCAUGAAUAUGUACACUACAGUACGGUAGUACAAGGGACUUUAGACUUAAGUGAAUGUUAAGGCCUAUUGAGCCUCUUGUUUAACACAGUUACCCGAAGGCCAAGUGUUAUUAUGCCAUAGUGGGGCAAAUUCUGAAUUCUGAAUAACCAAGAACCAUAGACCUGAUAUUGGGCCUACAGCAUGAUGAGGUAAAUGACUACCAAGUUUGUUGAAAUGAAUGACCUUGACCUAUAUUCAGACUCACCAAUUUCAAUGUAAGAUCUUUAAAAAAAAAUCUUCUCAGUAACAAAGAGGCCCAGAGAUCUGAUAUUGGUUUUGUAGUAUGCUAGAGUUAAGAGCUACCAAGUUUGUUCAAAUGAAUUACUUGACCUACAUUGAAGGUCACUGGGCCAGGGGUCAUAUAUGCAAAAAUCCUUAAACAAAAACUUCUUUUCAAUAAUCCAGGUACAGGGAGAUCUAGUAAUUUGCAUGUAGCAUGCUUGGAUGAACGGCUACCGAUUUUGUUCAGGUAAAAUGACCUACAGUAGAUUUACAUUGCAGGUCACAAGAGUCAAAUGUGGUAAAAUCUUUAAACAAUCUCUUCUCAUUAACCAGUUGCAAGAUGCUUAAUGAUAUUGAGUUAGCAAGUAUCCCUUAGAUGAAGAGGUAACAAUUUUGUUCAAAUGAAGAACAUUGAGUUUCAAGGUCACAGGUGUCCAAUAAACAAAAAAGCUGUGGUGGUCCUAUAGGCUUGGUGUAUGCUAGGAAGAAUACACUAAGGCUCCUGUCAUUAAAAUGAGGUAUUUGGGUUAGCAUCCAUAUAAAUCACAUAGAUUAAUUUUAUGAUUGUGUAAUGGAGUAGCAGGUCAGCAAUCAAUACAUGUCCAUAGGUCUUCUAGUUAAAGAUAUUGGUCUCCUAAAUCAAAAGCUAAAUACCUGUUUGUCAGAGUUCCUUAAAAAUGAUAGUCUGAAGCUCUGAAAAAAUUAAAUGUGUUAUGUAUUUUUGUUUAAUGUGAGUUCUACUUGAUGAUAUGCAUUUUCUUUUCACUUUAGUAAUACCAUAAAUGUAAGCUUCUCAAACAAUGCUUUUUAUGAAAAUAGAUUAAGGAUGCAAGGAUUGAUUCAUUAUAAAGAAUUGACCAACUCUGGUUGUAGUGUAGUGCCUUUGUAAAUUAUGGUCCGUGUCCUCUGAAUGCUAUAAUAUUGUAAUGGUUGAGAGUACAGAUCACUUCUGCUGGUAGAAGCUCACUUUCAAGCCUAUAUAGUGAUUGGAUGUUGGCUUUGAGCAAUGACAAUGACAGAAUAUACUGACUGUAAAUAUGAGACAACACCUACAUUUAUGUAGCAAUAGGUGAGUCCUGUAGGCGCCUGUAACUAACUAACAAACAAACAUUGUGAGGAUUGUUAACAAGCUUCUACAGGACAGGAACAUUGUGAGGAUUGUUGACAAGCUUCUACAGGACAGGAAUAUUAUGAGGACUGUUAAUAAGCUGGAUUGUUAACAAGCUUCUACACAAUAGGAACAUUGUGAGGAUUGUUAACAAGCUUCUACAGGACAGGAACAUUGUGAAGAUUGUUAACAAGCUUAUAAAGGACAGGAACAUUGUGAGGAUUGUUAACAAGCUUCUUCAGGACAGGAACAUUGUGAGGAUUGUUAACAAGCUUCUACAGGACAGGAACAUUGUGAAGAUUGUUAACAAGCUUCUACAGGACAGGAACAUUGUGAGGAUUGUUAACAAGCUUCUACAGGACAGGAACAUUGUGAGGAUUGUUAACAAGCUUCCACAGGACAGGAACAUUGUGAGGACUGUUAACAAGCUUCCACAGGACAGGUACAUUGUGAGGACUGUUAACAAGCUUCCACAGGACAGGAGCAUUGUGAGGAUUGUUAACACGUUUCUAUAGCUACAGGACAGGGACAUUGUGAGGAUUGUUAAUAAGCUUCUUCAGGACAGGAACAUUGUGAGCACUGUUAACAAGCUUCUUCAGGACAGGGACAUUGUGAGGAGUGUUAAUAAGCUUCUUCAGGACAGGAACAUUGUGAGCACUGUUAACAAGCUUCUUCAGGACAGGGACUUUGUGAGGAGUGUUAAUAAGCUUCUUCAGGACAGGAACAUUGUGAGCACUGUUAACAAGCUUCUUCAGGACAGGGACAUUGUGAGGAUUGUUAACAAGCUUCUACAGGACAUGAACAUUGUGAAGAUUGUUAACAAGCUUCCACAGGACAGGAACAUUGUGCGGAUUGUUAACAAGCUUCUACAGGACAUGAACAUUGUGAAGAUUGUUAACAAGCUUCCACAUGACAGGAACAUUGUGAGCACUGUUAACAAGCUUCUUCAGGACAGGAACAUUGUGAGGAUUGUUAACAAGCUUCUACAGGACAGGAACAUUGUGAGGACUGUUAACAAGCUUAUAAAGGACAGAAACAUUGUGAGUACUGUUAACAAUUCUGUGUAAGGAUUUUUCGGAAAUGUAUGAAUAUUACAAUUUAUUACAAAUCAUUACAAAUAAUAAGCUUUAUUAUUUUCAAAGCAAAUAAUUGAUAGAAGAUACAUAUUUUUUUUUUUUUUUAAAUGUGACAAAUAAACUUUAAACUUUUCAUCGGAGUGAACAAAAACGGAAAAUUGUGAACCCAUGUUUAGUACUUAAAUAUGAAUUGUUAAACAUCUAUGAAAAGAAAAGAAUGUUACGUUAUUUCAUUGAAAAUUUAUGAAAUGAUUUAACAAGUUUUGUAUUUAAAGUCAACUCUUGUGUUUGGUUUGUUGUGUCGAUGGUUUGUGGAAUAGGCAAGUAUUUGAUACAUCCAACACGGAAACCGAACUAUCGUGAUUUUUAGCUAAACAUUGAAAUUGAGAAACCUUUAGAUAUAACAAUGGAAAUAAAAAUUGUGGUGUCUGGUCUGUUGUAUUGACCAUCAGUGGAAGUGAUAAGAGUUGAUAUGACCAACACGGAAACUGAACGCUCGAUAUGAUAGAUCAGAUGACCGUGUUCAUGAUUCAUGAACUAAUUCAAAUAUUUGGAAAAAAAAAAUUGAAUGCAUAAAAAAAAGAAAAUAAAUAAAUAAUAAAAAUGAAGCACUAUGAUGACAAGGAAAAAAGGAAAACCAUCAGCAAAUAUGGAAAAAUACGACAUAGGAUAUACAUUUGUAUAUGAAAUUUUUAGAAAAAACAAAAGAAUGAACGCUUACAAGAAAUAUAUUUUUGUGACACACACCUUACUGUAUGUAGACCCCUCUUUCUGACUCUCUCUGUAUCUCUCUGUCUCUCUCUUAUCUCUCUGUCUCUAUCUGUCUCUUUUUGUCUCACUAUGUAUCUCUCUGACUGUCUGUCUGUCUAUCUCUGUCUGUCUGUCUCCUCUCUCUCUCUCUCUCAGUACAAGUUAACACCUCACUUUUCAUCUCUCUCUCCGCCUCAAUCUAUCCAGUUUUUAGUGUUUUUUCUCUACCUCUCUCUCUUUUUCCUAAUCUCUCCCUCCCUCUGUCCUGCACCCCUACUUUUUAUCUCCCUCUCGCAAUCUGAAUUUAUCUAAUUUCUUUCUCCACUUCCCGCUCAUUCCUAUCCCAUCUCUACCCCCACCCCCUCUGCACUAUCACACACCCUCUCUAAAUCUAACUUUAUUUCUGUUUUCACUCUUUAUUUAUUAUUUUUAAGCCCAUAGAAAAUUAAAAAAGAAAUACGUACAGUAUGUUUUAUGUUGCAUUGUAACCAUGCAUUGAUGCUGAAAAUAAACCUUUUCCUGAGUGCGAAAAAAAAAAAAAAAAAAUGUGACAAAUACAACUGCAAACUUAAUUGUUCGUUAUCAUUUCCGGGACCUCGUAAAGCGGCCUUCAACACUAGCCAGUCAAAACGCAUUGAACCACGUUAUUACAAAAAAGUCCCGUUCAAAGGUCUCCGUGUCAACCGGUUACCAGUCAAAACGUAUUUAGAGUUUAUUCCACAGGUUGUAUAAAAUAAAAAUGAAUAGUAUCCAACAGUUGUAAUAAUUAUUUGAUGCCUUGAGAGUAAAUAUGUGUUACACGUUUUCCUACAUUGUGCAUGUAUGAGGUUAAACAUUUGAUGAGAACAUAUCUGAAGUACUUUAAUCCACCAUUGAAUUGGAACUGUCCAUGAUACCGGGCUUGAUAAUUUUAAAGACUGCUGAGGGGACAAGGAAUAAAGGUACAAUCGUGUUUCUUUAUCGCUGUAUUCUUGGUCGAUGCAAUUGUUUUUAUUAUUCACAUAAUGUGAAUAAGUAUUCGUCCAUACAGUCAGUAUAGAUACUACCUGUGAUUUACAAUAUAUUUAUUCAAAAUACUUUUUGUUUUUGUGUCGAGAAAUGUUUUAUUAACAAAGUUGGACCCCUUCAAAGGUUCGGACAUGUGUGAAUAUAUAUUACUAAACACUUUUUACACCAUUGACGGUAUGAACAGCAAGAAUAUUUAUUGUGAAUAAUGAAAUUCAACGUACAAUUAUUUUUCAAAAUAUUAUUGUUAUGUUUAAUAUGAUUGACAGUGUUUUAUUUCUUUAUGAAUGAAAUUGUGGCAGUUAUGUACUGUACAGAAGAUGUUUUAAAGAAUUACAAAUUUGGAUGUCAGCACAGCGGUAUUUUAAUAAAAUAUAUCUUUAGUAAUAACA